AUGAACGACGGGAAUCUAGGCGACAACAUCGCUGAGCAUGCGGAAAAGGCGGAGAGUCAACUGCACCACAACCAUCACGUCGCAAACGAUGAAGCUCAUCUCGAGCAAAGUCGCUGGUGGUUUGCCUCGUCGGCAUUCCCCAUGAUCGCGGGCACGCUGGGGCCUGUCGCUUCCGCAUUCAGUAUCUGUGCUCUAUGUCGCCCAUGGGUGCAAUAUCUCCCUCCCGAUGCACCGGUGACGGAGGCUUCAUUUGUUGACGAUCCAAAUUGGCUCACUGUCGUCAACGCUCUGCAACUCGCCAUUGCUAUAGUCGCCAAUGCGUUUCUGCUGCUGAACAUGGCCAAAAGGGUGCGCUUUAGCAUUGCCCAGCCCAUCACGAUUGUUGGGUGGUAUACGUCGUCUAUUAUGCUCAUAGGCCUGCUGGGAGCCGCCAGCGAGUCUCUUGGGAAGGGUCCCGCGCCUCAGGACCAGUACAUCUGGUCCCAGGCAUUCUGGUACGGCAUCUGGGCGGCGAUUCUCUACUUUGUGACCUCGUGUCUCAUGGUCGCGACCUUUUUUGGCGCGUGGAAGGACAAGUAUCCCAAGGAUUUUAUGCUCACAAUGAGCCAGCGGACACUGAUGCUGCAGACGGUCAUGUUCCUCGUCUACCUCCUGCUCGGUGCCCUUCUUUUCUCUCACCUCGAGGAAUGGAACUAUCUCGAUACGGUGUACUGGGCGAACGUGACGCUCUUCACAAUCGGCUUGGGCGAUUACUAUCCUACCACCACUGUGGCCCAGGCGCUGCUUAUUCCAUACGCGUUCAUUGGCGUCAUCAGUCUCGGUCUGGUGAUUGCGUCUAUACGGAGCCUCAUGCUCGAACGUGGUCGCAAAAGGCUCGAUGCCAGGAUAGAGGAGCGGAGGCGGCGUCUAGCUCUAAAGCGCAUGGAACGUAGCGGUAGGGAUACCUUGUUGGAACCCAUAUCAGAUGAGCGUGCGGCGCCAGACGACGACGAUGACGAUGAAAAUUACAUGUCUUCGCCCGUGGAUACCGACGCGCCGUUUACCGAGUACGAACGACGCAAAGCGGAAUUUGAGCUCAUGCGCACCAUCCAAGAGAAGGCAGCAACACGUCGGCGAUGGAUAGCAAUGCUUAUCUCGCUGGGUACAUGGCUCAUACUGUGGUUGGUCGGCGCCGUCAUCUUUCGGAAAUUCGAAAGACCAUACCAGGGCUGGACGUACUUUACUGGCUUUUACUUCUGCUUCAUCAGUCUAACGACGAUUGGAUACGGAAGUGACGCCCCCAUCUCGCCCGGCGGCAGGUCCUUUUUCGUGUUCUGGUCACUCCUCGCCUUGCCCACGACCACCGUCCUGAUCUCGACGGCUGGCGACACGAUUGUCAAGGUCAUCCGCGAUGCGACCAUUUCACUCGGGAACGUGACAAUUUUGCCGGGCGACACGCCCGUCAUGAAGGAGCUCAAGCACACGGUUAGUGUUACGACCCACGGUUUGCUUUUCAAGUCCCAUCUCGAAUCGCCCCGGAAACCGGUGACUCCGUUCCGCAUGAAUGUCGUCAGCACCUCAUCACUUGGGCAGCCGCCUCAGACGGCCGACAACCAUGAACCAUCGCAUGGCGAGGGACGUGGCCGACCGGCCUCGCUCGAUCCCGAGUAUGCGGGCUUUCCAGCGCGCGCGCCUUCAACAUUCACCACCCGCGUCCGUCGCUCUCUGUCUCGGAUGCGCGACCCGUUGAGUGAUGAGCUCCCUACCGGCUUGGAUUUCCAAUUCCUUCUCAUCUCAGAGAUACAGGCAGUAGCGCUGCACAUACGCGAAGGCCAGUCCAGGAAGUACAGCUUUGAGGAGUGGGCAUGGUACCUGCGACUCAUUGGGGAAGACGAGCGUGACGCGGCCACCCAUCGGAAGCCAUCACCCAAGGACGCUCGGCCCAGAUUUAGAGGAAUCAAGCCCAGGCAGAAGGCCGACCGCCGAGGCAGUGCUAGUCCACCGGAAGGGGACGAGCAUGAUGGGGAACGUGAUAAGUGGUCGUGGGUCGGACAUCGGAGCCCGCUCAUGGGCUCGCAGGAGGAAAGUGAGUGGAUCAUGGAUAGAUUGAUGAACCGGUUGGGGGAGAGCCUGUCGGAAGAAAGGAGGAGGCAGUCGGGGAAUGAAGAGAUGGAUAGCCAUCCGGGCUUGAGCCAAAAAGAGAGGGGCGAUGAUAUUAGAAGCGAGUAA